AAAAGCGGACAAACCAACCCGAGGCGACCGGCGACUCGGCGAGGCAAGGAAAAGAAAAAAAAAGGAAAAGAAAAGAAAAGAAAAGAGAGAGAAGGUGUGGUGGUGGAAGGAACCCUAGCGGCGGCGACCGGCUCCGAUGGCCCCUCCACCGCCGUCUCCGUCCCCAUCUCCGGCGAGCGGCGCGCAGUACGCGCACCAGUUCCUGAACACGGCGCUCUCCCAGCGCGGGCCCUCCGCCCUGCCCUACGCGGAGGACGUGAAGUGGCUGAUCCGCAACCACCUCGUCGCCCUCGCCGACGCUUUCCCCUCGCUCCACCCCAAGGCCGCCCUCUUCACCCACAACGACGGCCGCGCCGCCCACCUCCUCCAGGCCGACGGCACCAUCCCCAUCCACCACGCCGGCGCCUCCUACAACCUCCCCGCUGUCCUCUGGCUCCCGGAGCCCUACCCGCGGUCGCCGCCCCUCGUCUUCCUCUCCCCAACACGCGACAUGGUCAUCAAGCCCCACCACCCCCUCGUCGACCGCUCCGGCCUCGUCGCCAACGCCCCUUACCUCCGCUCUUGGGUUUUCCCCUCCUCCAACCUCGUCGAUCUCGUCCGAUCCCUCUCUCACCUGUUCGGCCUCGACCCGCCCCUCUUCACCAGGAGCCCCAAUCCCCCACCCCCUUCCCCUUCCCCGCCGAUCCCUGCCACCCCGCUCCCUCGCGUCCACCCCUCCUCCUCCUCCUCCCCCUCCCCAUCCCCCUACAGAUUCCCUGCCUCGCCCCAGCUUGCCGCGCGCCCCCCACCCACCGAAGACCCCGCUGAGGUCUACAAGCGCAAUGCCAUCGCUAAGCUCGUUGACAUGGCCUAUGCCGAUGCCGCCACGCUGCGCCCAGUCCGCGAGGCUGAGGUCGACACUCUCUUCGCCAUGCAGGCUACGCUGCGCAGCCGGGGGGAGGUGGUCUCUGAUGGGGUGCGCAAGAUGGGGGAGGAGAAGGAGGCACUUGAGCGCCGCCUGCAGGAUGUAAUGAUGGCCACGGACCUCAUGGAGGCGUGGGUCAUGGAGAACACCAAGGGUGCUGCCGGCGACACUGAAGCGGACGAGGCAAUUGAGACCGCAGAUGUACUGUCUAAGCAGAUGCUUGAGUGCACUGCUGCGGAUUUGGCACUCGAGGACACCAUUUAUGCGCUUGACAAGGCCAUUCAGGAGGGUUCUGUGCCAUUUGAUGGCUACCUCAGGAGCGUGCGAGCGCUUGCACGGGAGCAGUUUUUCCAACGCGUCCUGUCAACCAAGGUGAACAAGGCACAACAACAGGCUCAGGUUGCUAGAAUGGCUGCUCGGGCACCACAGUAUGCAUCAUAGGACCGGUGAGGGGUAACUUGAGUAUACUUACUUUGAUAUUGCCUUUGUCUACCAACUCUACUAUAGCUGUCACAGUGUAAAGUUCGUUUGCUCUUUGCACAUCUUUUUUGGGGUGGAUGGGGGUUACUUACUAGAUAUUGGAUGGAUGAUCCCAUGUCAAAUAAGAACCUUAGUUGGGAGUGCUGCACUGGAUCUUGUGUACGAUUUCUGUACUUCAAUACAUAUCUUCAGUUUUGUUCUUUGUGAUAA